CCAGGACAGCUGCCUGUCCACAGCAUGCUGUGGAUAAGGAGGUGUCUGCUCUUUCAGUUUGUCUUCGAGCGUCUGACAUUCCUGUUGAAGAUUUUGUGCCUGGCUGCCUGUAGCUAUGUCCCUCGGCGUAACUUUUAACCAUCUUUGGAAUACGUUUGGGUUCAUUGUUCAAAGUGAAUGAGCGGAAUGAGGAAGGGUAAAGAUGUUGAUUCAGAUACGGGAUGAACUUUCACUCUGAUAUAUGAACUGUAAUGUGUUGUCAAUGGAUGCAAGAAAGCAACACGCUUCUUGGACUAAUGACAGCUAGAUCUGAAACAAUUAACUUGAAGUGGAUUAGAAGCUAUUCUUCAAGUCAGGCUGAAGUAAGCGGAGAAAGGGGCGCAGGAGUGAUCAGCGAAAGCAUGUCCAGUGCUGGGAAAACAGCCCACAGCCCAGGCUUCGUCUACAGACACUGGAACUGGGAAAGGCCGGUGGGAAUUGACUGUAGUUCUCCUGAGCCCCGUUGUAUUUGGCUGGCUGCCCUGAGAAAUGUGACCUUGGAGCUAAACCCCCGGAAAGAGAGGGACAAUGAUAUCUCAGCUGUCAAAAGAAACCACAGUUUUCCUGUUUGGGACGAGGAGGAAGAGUUGCUGACUAAAAGCCAGCAAGAUGAGAGAUCCCCCAGUGAAAAUGCUAACACGGUGCAGGAUGAAAUAUUUUCAUGGCCUGGCCCAAAGACCGUGCUACUUCACAAGAACUCUCAAGGGUUUGGUUUUACAUUGCGGCACUUCAUUGUCUACCCUCCAGAGUCAGCUGUGCAUCCGAGCUUUAAGGAUGAAGAAAAUGGAAAUGGAAAAGGGCUUCAGAAAGGCCAAACAGAACCUAUGGAUACCAUUUUUGUUAAAAGUGUGAAGGAAGGGGGAGCAGCACAUCAAGCUGGGCUUUGUACAGGAGAUCGAAUUGUAAAGGUGAAUGCAGAGAGUAUAAUUGGUAAAACAUAUUCUCAAGUGAUAUCCCUAAUUCAAAACAGUGAGGAAGUAUUGGAACUCUCAGUUAUGCCCAAAGAUGAGGACAUUUUGCAGGUGGCUUACUCUCAGGAUGCUUACUUGAAGGGUAACGAUCCUUAUUCUGGGAGCGCUCGUCACAUACCUGAGCCACCACCCGUGUGCUACCCUAGACAUUUGCCUACGGCACAGACCAAGGAGCCUUUGCUGACUGCUUCAUCUCGGGGAAUGCUGGUGGACAACAGGAAUUACAAUGCCAGCUCAUGUUCAGACAGGGGUUUCUAUUCUGAUCCAUCUUCACCACUGGACAUCAGCACCACAACUAGUCACCCUGGCAGCACGUGGAAUGAACUACGGGGCCGAGCACGGUCAUCAGAUCUGUUGGCCGAGAUUGGAAUAAGCCAUUCAAGCCCCAGGCACCAUGUAGAGGAGGUGCAAUAUGGAAUAAAGCCAAGAUCAGCUCUAGUGAGAGAAAUGACUGUGUCUUCUUCAAAUUCUGUUGUACAGGGUCCAAUAAGCAAUAAAUAUGGUUCAGGUUCAGCUCCUAUGCAGGAUUGGUAUAGGGGGCGGUCUAACCAAACUCCUUUCUUGUCCGUCUCAAACCAUAAUAUUUACUCAGGUCCCAAUAGCAACAUGGGCCAGAGAAGUUACACUAGUUCUGUGAGCAACGACUAUUUUCAUUCCGAUAUUAGGACAUCAUGGGAACGACUUGGCAGCAUUAAUACAAGCAGACACCAGUAUAACCCACCCAGCUGGCAGUCAACACGAAUAUCACGUCGAAGCUCGUCUGAAGAUCGGGGCUACACCGCCAUGCCCCCCAAGUACAGGAGUUACUCUCAGGACAGACUUGAGGAGACUUCAUUACACAAACACUGGCCUCACAGUGCUUCCCAAGACACUUUACUUGCAGCUAUGGAUGAGCCGUGGAAUUACAGGACUCGUUCGGAAGAUUAUCUGGGAAAAUGUGACCGAUCUUUGGAGAAUUUAACACAUAAUGCCUUUACAACAGGCAGUGACAGGUUUGUAUGGACACAUUCAAAGUCUGGUACAGCAAGCUUUUCUAAGUCUGGUGGGCAGGAACAUAUUUUUUGGCAGCAUAGACCGGCAGGUUAUUCUUCAGGAAAUCAUGGUCAGAAGAAUUCAUGUCAUCAGAACUCUAGCAAUAGAAGUGCAUUUUAUACUAACACAAACUCCAGAGUAUCUGUACCUUCUCAACAGCAGUGCAGAAAUGAAGCUACUCACUCUCAUUCUAUGAAGAGAGCUGAUAAUGCACGUGUAGGGCAACAGACUGCCAGUGCUCCUCAAAGUAAAGUAUCUCAUCUUUCGGAUAGGUCAGUGUUUGUUUCUGGUGUGACUGCCAGUGAGCUCAAGACUGAACGCUGUGCCCCCAGCCAAGUCAAAAGAAUUGAUGUGCCCAUUGUCCGAGACCAAAGACUGACCAAUCAUGAUCGGCAGGGCGGCUUGUACCCAAAGCAGACCUCUGGUAAGGAGACAGUCUUCCAACAGGACAUUAAGCCAUUUCCGAGUAUAAAGUCUGGAGUCUCCCAAAUUUCCAAAUGCGAGGUUCCUUUGGGGGUUGUACAAAAAGAUCAAGAAAUGCCACAAGCAAACAAAGCCGCCUUCUUGAGGCAGAAGCCUCCCAGUGGCCGCAGAGUGCCACAGCCUCUCAGACACCCAGCUUGUAUAGAUGUACUGGAAACACCCGCAAUUUCACCACCAGAUUACGCAUCAGAAAGUGCAUCUUUGGAGCAGACAAGUGUGAGACUGGAAGGGACAACUACAAAGUCUCCAGAAGACUCAUUGGCUUCAAUUCCAUAUAUCGAUGAGCCGACAAGUCCAAGUAUUGACCUGGUGGCAGGUCACAUUCCUGCCUCGGCUGUUGUUUCCAGUGGCCAGACCUCAGCGCCAACUAUCGUCACAAGUCCUGCUUCUCCGACCUUCACCUAUCCCGUCAUUCACCCACGACACUACUCUCAGGACUGCAGCAGCAUUAAAGCCAGUCGACGGUCGUCUUACCUUCUUGCCAUAACAACAGAGAGGUCAAAGUCUUGUGAUGAAGGAUUGAAUACAUAUCAUGAUGAGGCAAAAGUGUAUUCGAAAUUGCCAAUCCGAGUUCCCAGUCUGAAGAUGCUGAGAAACUUUUUCACAGAAGGGUCCUUAGAAAACUUGGACACCUCUGAAAGCAACAGAUCUAAGCGUCAUUCUACAUCUGAUCUUUGUGAUGUGACCUUCAGUGACGUCAGGAAAGAGGGUUGGUUAUACUUUCGGCAGCUUGUCACUGAGAAGGGAAAGAAGGUUGUGAGCAGCAUUCGGUCUUGGAAAAGGGUGUAUGCCCUCCUGCGAUCGCAUUCCCUCUAUUUGUACAAGGACAAAAGGGACGCAGUGACCUACGUUUCUUCACCAGCUGAGGAUGAGCAGCCCAUUUGUGUUAAAGCCUGUUUGAUUGAUAUUUCAUACAGUGACACUAAAAGGAAGAAUGUGUUCAGGCUGACUACUUCAGAUUUCUGUGAAUACCUGUUUCAGGCUGAGGAUAGAGAUGAUAUGUUGAACUGGAUUAAAAUUAUCCAAGAGAACAGUAAAACAGAGGGAGAGGACACAAGUGCCAGAUUGAUAGAAGUCAAAUUAAAGGAAUACAGGAACCAGAGCCCUGCAAAUAAUAAGUCCGAUUCUUCUCCAAAAGGAUCACGUCACCAUGGCAUCCGACGACCACGAUCUCCCAGACAAGAUAAUACAAACAAAGAUGAAUGUAGCCCUCCUAAAGAUAAGACCUCAUGGUUGAACAUAAUGAAGAAGACUAAAAAAAAUGUUUCUGGAGCAGCUUUUGGUGUUCGUCUAGAGGAAUGCCAGCCUGGUGUAACUAACAAGUUUAUUCCAUUGAUUGUGGAAAUAUGUUGUAAACUGGUGGAGGAGAAGGGAUUGGAGUACACAGGAAUCUACAGGGUACCAGGGAACAAUGCCAUGGUCUCCAGCCUACAAGAGCAACUGAAUAAGGGAAUGACUGAUCUAAAUACCUCAGAUGAAAAAUGGCAGGACCUGAACGUGAUCAGUAGUUUGCUUAAACUGUUCUUUCGAAAGCUUCCUCAGCCUCUCUUCACAGAUGACAAAUAUAAUGAUUUCAUUGAAGCCAACAGACUGGAGGAUUCAGCAAAGAGACUUCAAACAUUUAAGAAACUGCUUUGGAAUUUGCCAGAGUAUUAUUUUGAAACACUGAAGUUCCUUACGGGCCAUCUGAAGACUGUGGCAGAUCACUCUGAAAAGAACAAGAUGGAACCACGGAACUUGGCUUUGGUGUUUGGCCCAACACUUGUCAGGACGUCAGAGGACAAAAUGAUUGACAUGGUGACGCACAUGCAAGAUCGGUACAAAAUAAUUGAAACCUUAAUACAACAUUAUGACUGGUUUUUCAAUGAAGAUGGAGACAUGGAUGAGAAGGCCCCAGUUGACCAUGGAAAUAAUACAGAAUUACAACCAGUACCAAACAUAGACCAUCUCCUCUCAAACAUUGGGAGAACGGGAGGAGCACCAGGGGAUAUCUCAGAUUCGACCACAAGUGAUUCAGCAAAGUCCAAGGGAUCAUGGGGAUCUAGGAAGGAGCUCUACAACAGGGAGCUUGUGAUGUCAAUCUUUGCAGCCGCCAACCGUAAGAGGAAGAAAAAAGAGGCGAAAAUGCUUGAAAGCAGCACGGACGAUGAUUCUGAACACGAACCUAUUAAGGCUAUUAACAAAGAGAGAUUAUUAGACAAGAAGGGAAUGGACAGAAAGAGGGAUGUAGCAGGAGAGAGAGAGAGGGAGCUGGAUAAUAGCAGAAAGAGAGAGGUGGAGCCAAUUCACCAGCCCAUUGCUAGUAAAGAAAUUCGGAAGAAAGUAGGAGAAUCUAAUUAUUCCACCCAGCACUGCAAUCAAAUGUCUCCAUGGGAGAGUGAGGAAGCUACACUGGACACUUCAUGUAAACCACACAUCAGCCCAUCUUCAGUGGGUACCGAUCGUUCCUUAAAAGAAGGAGUCACUCUCAAACUUCUCAAUUCAAACGGAAGAAGAAAAUCCACAGGCCAUGAAGCGGCUCUCCCUGGUCCUCAGUGUCACAAUAACAAUGAACAGUUUCCCAAAAGCCUCAAGCUGAAGAUGUGGCGUACACCUGAGAUGGAGCACAAGGAGCUGAUCGCCACUGAUGCCAGCUCAAUCGUUUCAGGCUAUUCCACCAUUUCGUCCAUAACAACAACCCUAGAUCAUAACCUCUGUCCUGAAGUGCAGUCCAUUGCUGAGAGCAGGGGCGAUGAAGCUGAUGAUGAAAGAAGUGAGCUCAUCAGUGAGUGUGGAGGUCAGAUCGAAACAGACAAUGAAAGUGGCACGCUACCAGGCAAAGCUUCGAACUCACAGCAGACUUCAGGAAGGUUUUCUCGCCGUGAGUCAGACAGUAAUAUAAGCUCUGACAAAGAAGGGAUUGCAACACAGAAAUUAAGCAAUAUGCCUUCUUUUAAUUCCCACAGGUUAAUUCAGUGCGAUACCUUGGCUAGAAAGAAAUUGACCAAACCGAAAGGUGCAAAUGAACUUAGCGCAAAGAUCAAUGAAGAUGAAGAGUCUUCAUUGGUUGCAAAUCUGUAUCAUGAUUCAAAUCAACCCAAUUCCACCAAGACACACGAUUUCCUCAAGACUGAUUCAAACAAGGAAGAUCCAGCCAAAGUUUCAAAACGAAUACUGACUGAUCAACCAAAAGCAAGACUCAAAACCUCAGCGGAUGAUAUGUUUGGAGUAGGGCUAAGGAAACAGAGCUCCCCAGAGACCCGAAGAAAGAAGAACAUUAGAAGGAGACACACGGUAGUGGUACAGAAUGAUUUAUCAGAGUUUCACUUCAGAGAAUGGAAAGAAGAACAACUAGGAUUGAACAAGGACUAUAACCAUCGAGGGGGAAAACCAUCUAACACGAGCCAACUAAAGCAGACAGUUGAUUCCUGGGAGACUUCUGAUCCAGGGGAAAGCAUGCAGCCAGAUUUAGAACCUAAACCCAAGGCAAUAUCCAGACCAGAUGAUCUAGAUGCACAGUAUUGUCCCAGUCAUCGAAGUGGAAAUUUGCAAUCUGAACAGCCAGCAUCCAGUAAUAAGACUUUGAGUAGCAAUGAAAGUUCAGAGCUUUGUCAGCCUGCCUUGUCAUCUUCACCAUCAGCUAGCUUGACAUCAGGUCCACUUAGAGACAGUGACUCGAAUACCAAGUCCAUGAGCAUAAAGCCUCAAAGACAUUCAACCUCAUCUCGAUUUCAUCAAUAUCUUUGAUGGAAAUUGAUUAGUGCUAAAACAUUCAGCAGCUGGGCCAACGGUGAGGGUUUACUUCUUCCCCUUACCUAGUAACAGGUGGAAAACAGCUGAUUGUUGGGGACAUCAAAAAGCUCUCUUGAAGAUGUUUAAUGAUAGAAUCUGGCAGUCCCAGUAAUUACAGUAAUUACUGUAUUUUAAAAAUUAUUUUCUAUCAAUUUUCCUUCACUUAACCAUUUUAUAGAAAAUUGAAAGGCUCUGCUGCUCUUUUUUUGGGAUGCACAUGCAUUUCAGCAAGAUGGAUUUUUUAAAGAAAAAAGCAGGUAAUUGUAGGGAAAUAAAAUUUGAAAUAAUGUCAUAUUCAUUACCAAAACCACUUAAACCUUGCUGUCUGUGCAGGCAUGAAUGAUUUCCCAUUGGAGUAGCCAAUUUGAUGGGCAGUGGUCUUUUAGUCAACUGAAUAAUUUCUCUGUAAAUUCCAGUGGAUUUGUGUAUGAGAUAUCCUGGUGAAAUAUCCCAGGAAGUAUAGCUGAUUGGAGUUUUUAUUUAUUAAAAUGAUGUUUGCCAGAAAGAAAACUAAAAUCAGUACCUGCUUCAAAGAUAUCCGAAUCAGUGUUUGUCAUAACAUUGUUUUAGUGAAGAGUUUGUCCCCUAGACACCGAUCAUUAGAACAUUGUUCUCGUGAAGGGUCAGUCCCCCAGAUGAUUUUCUCUUUACAGUUGUUGUAUAUGUUUAUGAUAGGGGGUUGUUAACAGUACAGGGCUGGUCAAAGUGGGUGUGGACUAGAGAGAAUGAUAUUAAAUUAGGCAGGAGAGUAGUUGCAGAAUUCAAAGGGCUUUGCUGGCUACUAAUAUACUGCUGCUAGUUUUGAACUUGCUUUGCUAAUCAUCCAUAUUUUGGUACAGUUCAAGUUCAAGUUAUCAUCAUUCAACCAUACCGCCAAAUGAAACAACAUCCCUCCGGACCAAGGUACACAACACAGUACCUACUGUAUAACUCACACAUAACACAUAAAGUAAUAUUACCACAAAUAACUUAAUAAAUAAUAAAUUAUAUUCCAGAAGAGUGACAGUUAACAUAAGGUGCAUUUACGAUACAAGUUAAACAGUAAACGGUAAUGGUGCUUCUUAUGUGAUGAGGCCUGGGUGGUGGCAGGGAGUUCAGUAGUCUCACAGCCUGGGGAAGAAGCUGUGUAACAUCCUAACAGACCCUGUCCUAAUGAUAUGGUAGGUCAAAAAGAUUGUGGGAUGGAUUGUGGAACCAGUUUAACUGGAGGUCUACACCACAACUUGGAUAACUUUGUUGUCCUGUUUGUAGAAAGAGCAUGUUUCAACUGUCCAAAAGGAAGGGAAUGAUUUGGCGAUAGACAGGGCACUUAAACCCAGAUGUAUUUAGGAAGUUUUUUAAAAUACUAUGUACAUAUUGUUAGGUACUGAAGCAUUGCUUUUCACUGACCCACAACAGCACCAUGUUGGCUCGUGAAUCUUCAUUACUUUGACCUCCAUUUCCUUAUUGAGUUCCUCACUAACUAAUGUAAUUAAAAUGUGACACAUGGGGAGCAAAUUCAAUGCCAUUUUAGUAGAGUUUUAUUUUUAAGCAAAUUUCAUCCUUGUUUUUCAAAUAUAUUUAAAAUUUUCCCCCUUUCCUUCCUUGAAUUUUAUCUAUGUUAAACCCAGUCCUUAAAUACAAGUGAGCACAGGUGAUUUGCUUGGUAGCUCAAUGUGAACAGUUGUGAGGGACAAGAAGAGGUACGGGUAGUUUUGUGGUAUUAGAAAUGAAUUUGGAUUGCAGAUCCACUGUGCUCUAAGCCUCCUGUGAUGGCACGUGUUCAUUUCAAUUCAUGCCAUGUCCACAUGGUCCUGAUUUUGAGAGAAUUCUGAUUGAAAGAGUAAGUCAGAAUAAAAUCCUUCUCUGAUUGGCCUCAAUCCUUUUAACAGAACUGAAUCUCUCCAAAGCUAUUAGCGGUCAAUUAACAUGCCAUGUGACUGUCAACUGUGGGCACCUCUGCAGCCCUUGAUUUCAAUGUCUUAAAGUGAAAGACAAUAGACUGCAGGGAGUGAAGCACAUGGGUUGCAAAUACAGUUGAUUCCGGUUAAUUGGGACACAUCCGGGCCCAGUGCAUUUUGGCCUAAUUAAGCGGCUGCUCCAGUUAGCCAAAGUUUCAUGAAAAUGCUGUAGUGAAAAGACAUAAAAAAGACAAACUAAAUUUUAACUGAGUAACGAAUUAUGUAUUUAAAUGGAAUACAGAACAACUUAGAACACCAUUAGGUCAUUAAACUGUACUAGAAACUAUGUAUUAGUUCCUAAUAGUUAUUGACGGAGGAAUUCAUCCAGUGUGCACUGCCCUGUUCUUUUGAUUGACUGUAAAUGAACAAAAUCAAUGGAGACACCGGGUGUAGAUAAUGGACUGCCUUCAUACAAUGCUUUUGAUGAUGACCUCCUCCAAAUCUUUAGUUUCUUUGGAACAUUCAAGAUGAUUGUCAAUACCUUCAAGUUCUAAGUGGUUCCCAACUUGUUGUAGUAAUGAAAUUGUUUAGUUUUCAUUCCCGGUCAGUUCUGGCAUCUCCAAGCGUGAAUGCUUGAAACCACAGUGAGCAAAAACCAUUCUGAAUUGUCUUACUGCUUAUUUUUCGCCAACUAUCAGUGACAAAAAUCACAUGCAACUGAUGCUAUUUAAAAACUCAAACACGAGGGAAUCUGCAGAUGUUGGAAAUUCAAGCAGUACACACAAAAUUCUGGUGGAACACAGCAGGCCAGGCAGCAUCUACAGUAUAGGAAGAAGUACAGUCGACAUUUCGGGCCAAGACCCUUCGUCAGUACUCACUUCGUCGACUGUACUUCUUCCUAUAGAUGCUGCCUGGCCUGCUGUGUUCCACCAGUAUUUUGUGUGUGUUGCUAUUUAAAAACUGUUCACUCUAAACCCGGUGUAGUGUCUAAUAACCACACAAGUGCAUGUAACUGACUAGUUAGAAACUGUUCGGCAGCAGUCUCCUGCCCCAAUUAAAUGGCAUAGUGUCCAAAAUAAAAGAACAAAAUCCCAGCUAUUUCCCCAAUUAGUUUUUGUUCUUUAACAGUUGCCCAUAUAAGUGGCUGCCCCGAUUAAAAUGACGGUCCAGUUAACCAGAAUCCACAGUAUCCUCGCCCGAGUGCCACAACUUGGCUGGAACUGAAGCAGAAAUGCUGACGGUGCAUUUAUAUGCUGACUUUGUUGCACUUCAACAGCUUCACAAUGGUGAAACAGGAAAUUCUCACCCCAUCAUGUCAGAAAUGAGUAAAUUAAAGUCAAAAACACUGCAGAUAAAUUAAACACAAAAUUCUGGAAAUACUCAGCUAGUCUGAUGCAACCAGUAUUUUGGAGGUCAGUUUCCAGACAGUUGAAGGCUUCCUUCAACCUGUGGAAUAUGCUAUGACUUGCUAGUAUUUAUCAAAUGUAGUUUGUUGGCAUAUUAGUCUGCAUUAAAUGUUUACUACAAGAUUAUCUAAAUUAUCUAGGUGAUUAAAGAUUUCUACCUAGUCAUGAGUAAUUUUUGUUCAAUGCAUUAGUUUUAUGCUAUUUAACAACAGAUUUAAUUUUAACUAUUAAGAAAUCCGUUUGUAGAUAGGAUAAAUCUAUAUUGUUUUUUUAAUAAAGUAUCUAUGCUAUACUACAACUAAUGCACUAAUCACCAAAGUAUUUAUAUUUUAUACUUAUUAACAAAGAACCCAAACUAACAAGUUAAGAUUUGCUUUAUUUAAUUAAAAUACCAAUCUUCGGGGCACUGGUCUCUGUGUCAAAAUAUUUUGUUAAACCAUUUUAUUGGUGAGGAGUGAGUCACGAGAAUUGUAUAUCAUUUUUAUCCAGGCGAAAUUAUGACCCUAAAAUGUGCUGAUGAUUUUAAUUGACUAGCACGAUGGUAGGAAUACAUUUUUAAAAUUGUUGCCUGACAAAUUUUUUUCUUUGAUGAUGAUGAUGAUGCUUGAACAUGGAUUUUUAAAGGCUUCAUCUUCAAAAUGCAAAACGAAGUGGAAUUUAAUCACAAUGAGAGAUAUUAUGGUAGCACUUAGGUCUCCAAUAUGGAAAGGGGCACAAUGGUUUUACACACUUCAAUCUAUGCUGCAUCCAGUUUGUAUUGCUACUCCAAAUAAAUCAAUACAAGUCUUUCCUACAUUUGUUCAGUUAGCUAAGGCAAUGCAAAGUGUCCCACUCGAACCUAACUUUGUUGAGUUAACUGAUUUCAACUAAGCCAUGAUUGUUGGAUAACAUUGGCUCACGUGAUGCUGAGAUACACUGGGACAAAUCAGUGAUGUAACCUGCGGUCAUCAGGUGUUUUGGGUCCUUCAGCAUCAGACUGUCUCGCCCAGGCAACCCAGUCAGGGUUGAUUAGGCCCCGGCUUGUGUCCCAGCAGCAGUCGUCCAUGGGUCACACCUCUUGAUCCAUAGCCACCUGGAGACUUGUUCAGCAGCCUCUGUGACAGUCCUGAUGGCUCUUCUCUUUGCAGCCACCGUAAUGCCAAGGAGAGAGUAGUUUCAGCACAGUAAGCAGCCAGCAAAACCUAAUUCCUCAAUAGCAAAGCUGACAGUGAUACUUGACAGAGUCUGGAGUCAUCUGUUGACAUCUUCUUUGGCUAUUGCCUCAUUGACUGGUAUCUGUUAUCCCUGGAAUAAUCUAAACCUAUGGGAGGGAGUUGGUUUUUACAAAGUGAGAUGGACAGUAAAAGGAUAGUUGAGGAUGUGAAGUGUGAAGCAGAAAUUAUAUGUCAAUAUGGAAAGAUUAAAAAUCAUUUUAGGACAUUUUAUUUACUCAAUUUCCCUUUUAGAUAAUAUAAAGAAUCCAAAUCAGAAUCAGGUUUAAUAUCACUGGCUUAUGCGACAGCAGUGCAUUGCAAUACAUUACAAUAAAAACAGUAAAUGACAGUAAGAAGUAUAUACAUAUAUAUUUAAAAAGUUAUAUAGUGCAAAAAGAGAAAAAAAAAGUAGUAAGGUCUUGGGUCCAUUGCACAUUUAGAAAUUUGGUGGCUGAGAGGAAGAAGCUAUUCCUGAAUCAUUGAGUGUGUGCAUCAGGCUCUUGUACCUCCUCCCUGAUGGUAGCAAUGAGAAGAGGGCAUGUCCUGGGUGAUGGGGGUCCUUAAUGAUGGAUGGCACCUUUUUGAGGCAUCGCUCCUUGAAAAUGUCCUGGAUGCCUGGAAGGCUAGUGUUCAUGAUGGAGCUGACUGAGUUUACAACUUUCUGUAGCGUAAUUUUGAUCCUGUGUUUGCCCACUCCCCCAUUCCAGUUAGAAUGCUCUCCACAGUAUAUCUUUAGAAAUUUAUGAACAAAUUUGGUGACAUACCAAAUCUCCUCAAACUCCUAAUGAAAUAUAGCUGAUGUUGUGCCUUCUUUGUAACUGCAUCAAUAUGUCAGGCCCAGGAUAGUCCAUCAGAGGUGUUGACAGCCAGGAACUUGAAAAUACUCACCCUUUCCACUUUUGAUCCCCUGAUGAGGACUCUGUAUGUUCCUUCAUCAUACCCUUUCUGAAGUCCACAAUCAGAAAGGGACUUCUGAUUGCCCUAAAUUAUCGCUCUACUGAUUAAUGAGGGAUAUUUGGGCUUGGUUUCUGGCUCACUGUCUCAGGUUCUCAACAAGCUGGAGACGUUAGUGUCCUGCUUCAGGAUUUGUCCAUCACUAAACAACGUAAGAGCAUCCUAUCGAGAAAUGUUACACAGAUUUCCUCCUGGAGAUGAAAAAAAAGAAUGGCUUACCUAGCCAACAUUUUCAUAGGAAAGCACAAAAUAGGGGAUUGCGAUCAUUACAUAGUAAUAACAACAACUGACUAUGCAAUUUGGGGAUUAAAUGCUCAUCAAAUGAGACUUUGCAUGCAAAGCAAGAGUAAUUAAUUUACCCCCAUGCCAUUUAGAACACAGAACACAAAAGCCAGAACACAGUAAAUUUGUUGGAUAUUUUGAAGGUUUUGUUUUUCUCUGCAUGUCAUAUUUGGAUAGGUCCAGUUAAAUUGGAGCACAAUUUAGAGUUGUUUAUUCCAUUUUAAAUAAUCAGUAAAGUGCAUUUGAUAAUGUUGCCAUACACUCAAGUAAAGGUAGGUAGUUUAGAAAGAUUAAGUAGUUCUAAGCUCCUGUCAGAACUCUUUCAAACCAUAAACUCAAGAUGCUGGAAGUCCAGAGCAACACACACAAAAUGCGAGAAGAACUCAGCAGGUCAGGCAGCAUCUAUGGAGAGGAAUAAACAGCCAACACAUUAGGCCAGUAUCCUUCAUCAAGACUCAUUCAGUCCUGAUGAAGGGUCUCAGCCCAAAACAUCGACUUGGCCUGUAUGAAAAGGAAUAAGCAGACAACAUUUCAGGCAGUGACCCUUCAUCAGUACUCAUUCAGUCUUCUCCCAAAACAUUGACUGUUUCCUCUCCAUAGAUGCUGCUUGAUCUGCCGGGUUCUCCAGCCCAUCACCUCUUCUCUCCAAAUACAACAUCCAAUUUUUUCCUACUCAUUCAGUUAUGAGAACAUAUUCCCCUUGGUCAGAACGGUGUUUAUGCCCCUACAGCCAUACUGUGCCCUGACUGUCUUUUAUCCUUCAUUCAGCCUUGAUUAUCUAAUUUGAUGCUGUUGUAUUACCAUAUGCAAUGGCAAUAUUCAUGCUCAACAGUGUCCAAUGUCUCUUGACAGCUUUGAGAUGUCCUGAGGAAAAAUAUAAUGCAAGUGCACAUCAUUUCUUCAGAAUCAGAAUUGUGAAAUUUGUUCUUUUGCUGUCACCUCCAACCAGAGCUCAUCUCAGAUGGAUUUCUUGUAUGACAACAAACUGUCCGUCAUUAGCUCUACACAUAUGUUUUUUCACUAGUUACGCUAAUGUCUCUUGAUCAGUCUGUCACCAUCUGAUUAGAAGAGAUAAUCCAGAUGUGUUUGCUUGCUUGUUUCUGUAAUGCUAAGCUGGGGGGCAAAAAAAACUUAUUACAUUACAAAUUCCAAGUAAGAGUUCAGGGUCAGUUUAGAGAGUCCAUUGAAAACAGGGGUAGAAACUACAUAAUUAAUAUUUUAUUGGUAUAUUGGAAUGCAUUUCUUCCCUAAUGAUUCAUAUUUUAUAGGUAUAUCAGAAUACAUCCCUUAGUAAUUCUAUUUAAAAAGAUUUACUGUUCUUAAAAUGUAAUUGAUAAAUCAUUAAUUCACUGGCAAUUGUAGCAAAAAACAGAUUUUGUUCUCUGUCAAAUGCAUUAUUUUCAUAAAUAGCUAAAAUUUGGAGGAAUAGAUAGAAGGUGUUAGGGGUAAGAGAAAGGAAAAAGAUGUUUAAACAAAGUACUACUGCACUCUUGGCAUUCCCUUUGAGAUGAAUAGACUGAAAAACAUAAGAUGGUAAUAAAGCAUCCUGAUAUACAGUGUUGUAGUUCAUAUGUUAGCAAGUAACUGCUUCUAUUUAUGUGUACCAUUAUCCUUUCCAAGUUCAAAGUAAAUUUAUUAUCAAAGUGCAUAUAUGUACAAUAUAGAACCCUGAGAUUCCCUUUCUUGCAAUAAAUCCAUAAUAGACUAAUAGCCAUAAUAGAAUCAAUGAAAGAUCGCACUAAUUCAACCAGUGUGCAAAAUAUAACAAACUCUGCAAAUACAAAAAUAAGGAAAUAAUAAAUAAAUAAGCAAUAAAUAUCGAGAACAUGAGAUGAAGAGUCCUCAAAAGGGAGUCCAUAGGUUCUGGGAAUAUUUCAAUGAUGAGCAAAUUAAGUUUAUCCCCUUUGGUUCAAGAGCCUGAUGGUUGGGUGGGGUGGGGGGGGGUGAACCUGGUGGUGUGACUCCAGAGGCUCCUGUACCUUCUUCCUGAUGGCAGCAGCGAGAGGAAAGCAUGUCCAGGGUGGUGGGGGAGAGAAUGAUCCCUGAUAGUUGAUGCUGCUUUCCUGUGGCAAUGCUCCAUGUAGGUGUGCUCAAUAGUGGGGAGGGCUUUACCCGUGAUGGACUGGGCCGUAUCCAUUACUUUUUGUAGCUUUAUGUUCAAGGUCUGUGGUGUUUCCAUACCAGGCUGUGAUGCAGCCACAAUAAUUCUAGUGAUAAUAUCUUUUCUAAUAUCCCAUUUAUGAAAACUUUGCAUCAAACCCUAGUGAGGACAGAGUGAGCAGUCAUGUUGCACAUGCCCUUUAUCGGUUUGUGAUCAUCCUUUUGCUCAAGCCUUUAAUAUUUUUGUGGCCAUCUGAAUUUUCAUCAGUUGUGUUCUCACUGUAAGCUGAUGAAUCUAGGGACUUUGUAGACAAUGCUAAAGCAUUAGCUGGAGAGAGAAUACCAAGAACAGCUUGGUUUUAUUUUGCUGAUGCAGUUGAGGCCAUGUGACUUUCUAUGGUUUUGUAUUGAAAGGUGUGCAUUUAACCUCAGUGUGUGUGUGUGUGUGUGUGUGUGUAUGUACAUACAAAUAUAUAUAAUAUAUUUUUAUUGUGUUGUUUACAUUAGUGCUUCUGUGCACAUUUUUUUUCAUUUCCACUGUUACUUGAAUUUUUAAUUUUCGAUACUUCUGCUCAGGUCGGAUUAAAAACUCGGUAACGGAGCUGGAGGUGGUCACAUCUGUAUUGCCACAAUACCAUAUUUAAAAAAUAUUUACUUAGUCAUUGGGUUAAGGUCUAGGAAAAAUCACGUCAAAUUCAAGUUGUUUUUGAAGAUCAUGAAAUAAGAAAAAAAAACUGAAGAAUAAAUGGUGCGUUUUGGAAUAACGUCCAAUAUUUUUUAAGAGACUUCUCGGGAUUUUGCAUCUUAGAACCCUGUUAAAACUGCUGUUUUGUCACUUACUGAGCAACAAAAAGGUUCAAAUAUUUAGAUUUCUUCCUUGUUACUUUGCCCCAUUAUACCAGUGAUUUAAUUAUAUCUUUAAAACAACUUGGGGUUAAUUCCAAUCUGAAAUUCCAGUAUAGUGAGCUACAACUAAUUCUCAAGCGUGGUGUGUACAGGGGAGCAAAUUGACAACACUUUGUGGGUUAUUGUAUGGAAAUCCCUUGAAGUUUGGAUUAUCAGCAGCACCUCCUUCUCAAUUUUAUAUCUGUAAAGUCAAACUGAACUGAAGUUCGUUGCUGUGAAAGCAUGACUUUUAACAAAGGAUUGCAUUGCUAACCAGUGGUGGGAAAUGCAGGAACAUCCUGCUGAACCAUUGUUCUAAGGUGUUUAAGACCAAGGUGGUUUUCCCCCAAAACUACCAAGGAGGUUUGCCAAAAAUUUUCUUAACAAAAUAUGCAUAUUUCUUACUCAUUUAUAUUAUUUUUAAAUACUUGCAAAAAUGUUUAGUGGUUUGUGAAAACAUUUUCUUCGCCGUGUUUCUGAAAUUCAUCAUUAUUACACAAUGUGCAGAUGCACCUUAAAUCAAGCCAGGAAGUUAACAAUUAUAGAUGAGUUUUAGACUGCAAUUGUAUUUAGCCAUUUUUGCUUUAAUUACCUAUUCAUGAAAAAUGCCUCAUUUUUUGCAAAUCAUUUUUUCAUGUCUAGAUUCCAGGCAGUACUGGGAUUUAUGUUAAUACAGUAUAACAUUUAAUGAUUGUUUUAAUUUAAUUAUGAAUGUUUUUAGUGUAACCCUUUUAUUAUAUACAAUCCAUUUUGUUGCUCCGACCUAUACUGGAAAGGUCGAGGGAGUGGUGUUCUGCAUCUUAUACAUACUGCGCCAGUGACCGGAUGCCGUUUGGCUUUCUCCUGGUGCCAAACUUGCCAACCUCUGAGCAUCUUGCUUAAAUCUGGGAAGGUGGGGUGCGGGUGAGAUGAGCACGUGAGAGUUUAGCCUAAAGUAAAGCACUGUGGUGGGGAUUUCAGUAUUAACAGCCCAUGCUGUGGAUAAAAGAAAAAAUGUGCUACACUGUCAAAGAAACAAUUGUACCACUUAAAGAAAAUUA